GCUAACCCAGCUAGCAUCCCCUCAGUAUAACUAGUAGAGACGCACCGGCUCCUCCAUCAACAUCCCGGUAGCCGUUAGGACUGAACCGACUCUGCCGUAUAAACUCACACACUUGAACACAGACGGGACGCUGAAGCUGAGGCGUCCAUUAUUAAAAUAACUGAAGAUGAUUAAGCUCUUUUCCCUGAAGCAGCAGAAGAAAGACGAGGAAUCUGCUGGAGGAAACAGAACAGGAGCCGGAGGGAAGAAAGCCAGCGCGGCCCAGCUCCGAAUACAGAAAGACAUCAAUGAGUUGAAUCUUCCUAAAACGUGUGAGAUCAACUUCCCCGAUAAUGACGACCUGCUGAACUUCAGACUCAUCAUCUCACCAGACGAGGGCUUUUACAAAGGAGGAAAGUUUGUCUUCAGCUUUAAGGUAGGACAGGGUUACCCCCACGACCCCCCCAAGGUGAAGUGUGAGACCAUGGUGUACCACCCCAACAUCGACCUGGAGGGAAACGUCUGCCUAAAUAUCUUAAGAGAGGACUGGAAGCCUGUGUUGACAAUAAACUCCAUCAUCUACGGUCUACAGUAUCUAUUUCUAGAGCCGAACCCCGAGGACCCGUUGAACAAGGAGGCAGCAGAAGUCCUGCAGACGAACCGGCGGCUCUUUGAGCAGAACGUCCACCGCUCUCUGAGGGGCGGCUACGUCGGUGCCACCUACUUUGAGAGGUGUCUUAAAUAAUUCUCCCUCCCCCCCCCCCCCCCCCCCGCCCCCCCC